CUCAGAGAGAAGAGCAAGAGUGUUUAUAGAAACCUUGCAAGAACUGCUCUCCACCACAGAGGCAGAAGCUGCAGCAGGUACAUCUUCUUUUAUACAGGUGUUCUAUAAAGGCACAUCCACAGGUGGGUCAUACAGGUGGUCGACAUCAUGAGUCGUUGGCGUCGUUCAGUGGACGAGCUGGCUGCACGGCGGCGACAGCAUGAAUGUGAGCGCGCUCAGGAUGCACUCAGUCGGGUCACUUCAUGUUUCCAGCAGCUGGUUGCGUCGCUCGGUAGCUCAGCUGACGGCAGCUUCCUGAGAGAUGAGUUGGACGAGACGAGAACUGUGGCUCACCGGAUCUGCAGUGGUAACGCCUGGCUGUCCUGCCGGCUGCUGCGCUUGCUUUCAGACUCUGACUCCGCCCCCUCAGGGGUGCAGGACAGGCAGGUUUUGGAGCGUCUGUGGGUUCUCUUCCUGUCAGCAUUGGAGCACUUCCUAUAUGACCUGCGUAAGGCCUGUGACCUAAUUGGGCAGUUCCCCCUGGCUGAGCGCAGCAACAGGCGCUUGCUGGUCAACACAGGAUGUGUUGAUGGCGUGGUGGGUGUGGCAGCUCGGGUGGCCUCAGUCCAGUUGCCAUGGCUCACCUCGGAGGUGGAACCAAGCCCAGAUCUGACCAAUCACAUCACAGGACUGGAAACUAUGAUGAGCGAGAUGCAACAGAGGGUUCCCGUGGCGUUCUGGUCGGUGGAGGCAACCCAGCCGGCGUGGGCUGAAGCCCGCGGUGAGCCAGAUGACCUGGUGGAGAGCCUGGAGGACCUGAUGGAGGUUGAGAUCAUUGCUGGUUCCCAGAAGACGGCAUGCUGUGGGCUGGGCUGCAUUGCGUAGAUGUAGAUUUAAGUGUUUCCAUUAAAAUGGGAGAAUCAUGUUUUAGGGGAAACACAGGAGAAAACCUGGGUUCAUUUGUCAUUGUGAUGUUUAAACAAUCAAUAUUAAAUAAGUCUAAAUAAAGCUGGCAGAUCAA